GUGUGUCCGAUGGCAGUGGUCCACAACUCCGGUUUCAGGUUAACCAAAGAACAUUUCUUGGUUGCUGUGCCGGUGGCAGUUGUUUCGGCGGCUGCUGGUUUUCUGGUCAGCCGUUACCUGAGCGGCCGCAGCUGCAAGAAGAGCCAAGUGAACACGAUUGUCAGCAAAGACAGCCCCAAAGUGGUGCACAGCUUUGACAUGGAGGAUAUCGGCGCCAAGGCUGUGUACUGCCGCUGCUGGAAAUCUAAAAAGUUCCCGUACUGCGACGGCGCCCACGCCAAGCAUAACGAGGAAACCGGAGACAACGUGGGGCCCCUCAUCAUCAAAAAGAAAGACGCAUAGGGCAGCGCCGCAGAAGAAGCCGUCCCUCCCUGACUGCUCACGCUCUCUAACCCCCUCUCAGAUCAUUCAGUAUUGUCGAGGUGUCUUCCAGAGAUUUUUUUUUUCCUAAUUCCUGUGGUUCCCGCACUGAUUUCUAACCAUCAUCUCUGGGCAGAUCAGGGACUGUGACAAUCAUUGCAGUUGUGUGCCCGUCCUCAGUGGCUCCCUGCGGAGCAGGUGGUUGAAAUAUGAAACCAUUGCUUCAAUAUUUAUGUUAAUUUCAGCCAAGGCCUUAUCUUUAUAUGAUGAUCACAGCAACCCAUAUGAAUGUUAAAUGAAAUAUUCCAUUUGUUUUGCUGCUUCAUUGUAAUGUUUGUCUUAAAUGAUAAUACAAAAAAAAAAAGACUGUUGGAACUUUAUGAUCAAAACCCCUGAAUAUUAAACCUUUUUAAAAGGAUCUAUUUUUGCGUCUUCAUCAGAUUGAUCUGCUGUGUUGUUA